UAACUUAGACAAAUCUCUCUCUCUCAAAAACACAGAGAAAUUAAAAAAUGGUGUCAAGGGUGGAUGAAGCCAUGAAGGAGAAAGGAAGGGAAAGUUAUCAGCAACAGCUGCAAAAGCAAAUAGUUCAAUGCAACAAAGCCAAAAUCACUAAAUUCAAGAGAAGUAGCUCCAAUCUUGAAGAAGAUGGUCUCUCCGCAGCUAUCUUCUUGCUUGCUUGCAUUGCCUGCACUCCCUCACAUUAAUUAAUCUUCUCUUUCUCUCUAUAUUACUACUAAGAGCUUAAUUAACAAAAGCAUUUUAUUUUGUAUACAUAUAUAUAUAUAUAUAUAUGUCUGUAAUGUUAGUUUCUUACUACCUAGUUGAUUAAUGUUUAGUGUUUCUCAUUGCUAUUUGAUUACAUUUUGAUUAAGAUACUAUCAUUUUUCAUUUUUAA